CAAUAAAAGGAGCACUGCAAGACGGUUAGAGUCAGUUGCUCUCGGAAGCCUUCGGGGAUUGAGAUUUAGAGCAGAUAUCCAACAAACCUUCACCCCGGCAACAUGAGGGAAAUCGUGCACCUGCAGGCUGGCCAAUGCGGCAACCAGAUCGGGGCUAAGUUCUGGGAAGUAAUCAGUGAUGAGCAUGGAAUUGACCCAACUGGCACAUACCAUGGAGACAGUGACCUGCAGCUGGAAAGAAUUAAUGUUUAUUACAAUGAAGCCACAGGUGGCAAGUAUGUUCCCCGCGCUGUGCUUGUGGAUCUUGAGCCUGGAACUAUGGACUCUGUAAGGUCCGGACCCUUUGGCCAGAUCUUCAGGCCAGAUAACUUCGUUUUUGGUCAGAGCGGUGCUGGUAACAACUGGGCCAAGGGUCACUACACAGAAGGAGCAGAGCUGGUUGAUGCUGUGUUGGAUGUUGUGAGGAAGGAAGCAGAAAGCUGUGACUGUCUCCAGGGCUUCCAGCUCACCCACUCUCUUGGAGGUGGCACUGGCUCUGGUAUGGGAACCCUCCUUAUUAGCAAGAUCAGAGAAGAAUACCCAGACAGAAUCAUGAACACUUUCAGCGUUGUGCCCUCCCCAAAAGUAUCCGACACUGUAGUAGAACCUUACAAUGCCACCCUCUCUGUGCACCAGCUUGUAGAGAACACAGACGAAACCUACUGCAUAGAUAAUGAAGCCCUUUAUGACAUCUGCUUCAGAACCCUGAAACUGACCACCCCCACCUAUGGUGACCUGAACCAUCUGGUGUCGGCCACCAUGAGUGGAGUAACCACCUGCCUGCGUUUCCCUGGCCAGCUUAAUGCUGAUCUGAGGAAGCUGGCUGUUAACAUGGUGCCCUUCCCUCGUCUGCACUUCUUCAUGCCUGGCUUUGCCCCACUUACUAGCCGUGGCAGCCAGCAAUACCGCGCCUUAACCGUGCCAGAGCUAACUCAGCAGAUGUUCGAUGCAAAGAACAUGAUGGCUGCCUGCGAUCCUCGUCACGGCCGCUAUCUCACCGUGGCUGCCGUCUUCCGAGGCCGCAUGUCUAUGAAGGAAGUGGACGAACAGAUGCUCAAUGUUCAGAACAAGAACAGCAGCUACUUCGUCGAAUGGAUUCCCAACAACGUUAAGACCGCUGUGUGUGACAUCCCACCCCGCGGCCUGAAGAUGUCCGCCACCUUCAUCGGUAACAGCACGGCCAUCCAGGAGCUGUUCAAGCGCAUCUCCGAGCAGUUCACAGCCAUGUUCCGUAGGAAGGCUUUCUUGCACUGGUACACCGGAGAGGGCAUGGAUGAGAUGGAGUUCACUGAAGCUGAGAGCAACAUGAACGACCUGGUGUCGGAGUACCAGCAGUACCAGGAUGCCACGGCCGAGGAGGAGGGAGAGUUUGAGGAGGAGGCUGAGGAAGAGGGAGCAUAAGGCAGUGUAACAGUUCUGUAAAUUUAUGUUCAAAGUCUUCAUUCUGUUAACUAAAGCCUGUUACUGAUGUUCAUGUCUCUUUAUUUGUCUCCUUGUUUCACUUUCUCCUGUUAUGUUACAAGCUGUACAGUCCUUACAUCACCAUUAAAAGCAUUUUUCAUAGUU